CUUCGUUUGAGUUGCGUCUCCGCGCAUGUUCUGGCGGCGCAGAAGCUUCAGCUAUUUAGCACAAGACGUGGUUUCGUGGCUCAUUGCGAGGGUUGGGGCUGGUAGAACGAAUAAAAUAGUGGACUUUAUGUGGAGGAAUCAUGCAAUGUAUGAGUCUGAUUUUUCUGUUUUGAAUACCCUUUUGCGGGGUUUUAUGAAUGUGGGGAUGGGUUUUGAGGCUUUGGAGGUUUUGCGUAUAAUGAGGGAUGUGGGAGUUAGGCCUGGUUUGUCCUCACUAGCAAUUCUCAUAAGGUUGUUGCUUAGGGUUGGUGACUAUGGUAGUGUGUGGAAGUUGUUUAAUGAUAUGAUUUUCAAAGGGCCUCGCCCUUCAAAUGUCACGUUUAAUGUGAUGAUCUGUGGGUUUUGUAGACAGCGUAAAGUUGUGGUUGCGGAGAGUUUGUUGCAUUUGAUGCCUAAGUUUAUGUGUAGUCCUGAUGUUGUUACGUAUAACAUUCUUAUUAAUGCAUGCUGCGUUGGUGGGAGGACUUCGGUUGCGAUCGAUUGGCUGCAUUCGAUGGUUAGGAGCGGUGUUGAGCCGAGUGCUGCCACAUUUACUACCAUCUUGCACGCCCUUUGCAGGGAAGGGAAUGUGGUGGAGGCGCAGAAGCUCUUUGAUGGGAUUCAGGAUGUGGGGAUUGCUCCGAAUGCUGCGAUGUAUAAUACGCUGAUGGAUGGAUAUUUCAAGGUGAGGGAGGUUGGUCAAGCUAGCUUGCUUUAUGAAGAGAUGAGGAGAAAGGGUGUUUCUCCUGAUUGUGUGACUUUUAAUAUUUUGGUUGGGGGACAUUAUAAGUAUGGGAGGAAAGAGGAUUUGAACAGGUUGUUGAAAGAUUCGAUAUUAUCGGGAUUGUUUCUGGAUUGUUUGCUGCCAGAUAUUUUCACAUUUAACAUCUUAAUUGGAGGAUACUGUAAGACAUUUGACAUGGUUGGCGCCAGUGAGAUUUUUAAUAAAAUGUACUCAUGUGGGCUUGAUCCAGAUAUCACAACCUAUAAUACACGCAUGCAUGGUUACUGCAGAAUGCGAAAAAUGAAUAAAGCAGUUAUCAUUUUGGAUCAGCUCAUCUCUGCUGGUAUUGUUCCAGACACAGUGACAUACAACACUAUGUUGAGUGGUAUUUGUAGUGAUAUAUUAGAUCAUGCUAUGAUUUUUACUGCAAAAUUACUUAAGAUGGGUUUUCUUCCAAAUGUGAUUACAACCAAUAUGUUGUUGUCUCAUUUUUGCAAGCAGGGGAUGCCAGAGAAGGCAUUAAUAUGGGGUCAAAAGUUAAGAGAGAUUUCCUUUGAUUUUGAUGAAAUCUCCUAUCAAAUAAUGGACCAAGCUUACCGUUUGAUGCAAGAUGAUGUUGAAUUUGUGAGAGGAACAUAUGAAAAGGGCCUUUUCAUGGUUUCGUAAUGUACAUUACAUUUGACUAUUUUUCAAGAAAUAAACCUCAGAAGAUAAAGAAUGAGAAUAGUGUAAAUUUGAUUGAAAAUCAAUUUGUUGCUUUGUGAUCUUGAUUUUUUCAUUUUUCUAUUAUCCUUGAAAUCUGCCAUGAUUGCGUGUAAUCAUGAGAACAAUAUGUUGCACUCAUUGAUUGGCUACUUGAGCAUUACUUGAAAUAAGUGGUCACAAUAUGACAUACAGUAUAGCUGUGAGAAACCAUGGAGGAAUGGGUUACCCUUUUUGAAGAUGAAUAUCAUUGAUUAUUAGUGCCUAUUCUGGAGGGCUUUUAUGUGUAUUUCUCCAUGAAGGAUAAUAGCAGCCAUCUGUUUAGAGGGAUGCAAGGGAAGCAUAUGUUGAUUCGUGGCCUUGAGAAUGUUAUUAGUCUGUAAUGUGAUUGAAUCUACUGAACUGCAGGCAAUGGAGAUUGAAGAAUGUUUU